GUCCCCUCCCCAAUGGCUUGGGCCCCCCCACCCCCCCGGAAGCCGCCAUCGUCAUCAGCAACGUCUGCAGCCCCCCGGAGCCCCCCAGGGCCCGCGGGGGGGGAGGGGGACCCCAGAGCAGCCCCUUGCGGGAGGAGCACGUGACCUGCGUCCAGAGCAUCCUGGACGAGUUCCUGCAGGCCUACGGCAGCCUCAUCCCGGUGAGCGCCGAGGAGGUGGUCCAGAAGCUGGAGGACAUCUUCCAGCAGGAGUUCAGCACCCCCCAGAGGCGAUGCUCGGUGCAGCAGCUCCUGCAGUCCUACCAGCGCCUGCCCGGCACGGCGCUGCUCCGCGGCUUCCGCGUGAGCUACAAGCGCCACGUGCUCACCAUGGACGACCUCCAGACCCUCUAUGGGCCCAACUGGCUCAACGACCAGGUCAUGAACAUGUAUGGGGACCUGGUGAUGGACGCGGUACCCGACAAGGUCCACUUCUUCAAUAGCUUCUUCUAUGACAAACUGCGGACGCGGGGCUACGAGGGGGUGCAGCGCUGGACCAAGAACGUGGACAUCUUCGGCAAGGAGCUGCUGCUCAUCCCCAUCCACCUCGAGGUGCACUGGUCCCUCGUGGCCGUGGACGUCACCCGCCGCCGCAUCACCUACUUCGACUCCCAGCGCACCCUCAACCGGCGCUGCCCCAAGCACAUCUGCCGGUACCUGCAGGCCGAGGCCGACAAGAAGGAGCGCCCCGACUUCCGGGAGGGCUGGCGGGGGGCCUUCAAGAUGAAUGUGGCCCGGCAGAACAACGACAGCGACUGUGGGGCCUUCGUGCUGCAGGUGAAGGGGGCGGGGCUUGGAGGGG